CCUGGGCUUGCCAUGAAUCGUCCUGCCUCGCAGAGGUGCCACAGAGACAGAGAUAGAGACAGAGACAGGAUGCCCCGGCAUGAAAUCGCCCAUUUUUUCAUUGCCUGUACCUGUGCCUCUGCCCGGGCGACUGCUUGUUGGCCGGAUGAGGGUAUGCCCGUCCAGGGAAGUCGCAAUCCAUGAGCCAUGACCGACUCUCACCACAAUCAAUCCCACACCCGCCCGCCACCUUCCAACAUUGGCGUCCUCGCCAUCUGAGAGGACCAACAACCACGCAACUCACUCUGGAACCACCUCGCUCAUUUUGUGAAAUACAAAGCUGCUGCUUCGCCCAGACGCGUCUGUACGAGCCUAUCAGAGCAAGACAUUCUCCCGGAUCAACACAACAAGUCUCCUGAUGGCGCUCUCCAAUAAUCCGGCAGCCCUGGCGACGCCUCUGCAUUCACCCAAGCUAUCUGCCGAGCCAUCGACUGAUACUGUCCGUCGAUCAUCUCGCACGAAGAAGAGCGUCAAGAAGUUCGAGGAUGAAGACUUUGUUGUUGCCGCCACCCCUAGCAAGAGUGCGUCUCGACAAUCGGCCCCGACAAACAGAGCGAGCCGGCCCAAGAGAAAAGCUGCUGUCGCGGCGGAAGAGAUCAAUGUCACAGAGGACAGCAUGGUCCUUCUUGACCAGGUGGUUACCCACAUGCACCCUGACGAGCGUACCGAGUACAAAGGCUGGGUCGAGCUUGAGUCAGAACCGGCCUUUUUCAAUGCCAUGUUGCAUUUGCUUGGUGCCGAGGACUUCAAGGUCCAGGAAUUGUUCGGUUUGGAUGAGCUCGCCCUCGAGCUACUUCUAAAGCCAGUCCAUGGUCUCAUCUAUUUGUACCAGUACAUCGAGGGCGCCACUGCCAGCGACAAUCGCGAGGAUUGUCCUGCACACCUCUGGUUUGGGAACCAGACCACCACGAAUGCUUGCGCCACAGUAGCUUUGAUGAACAUUGUCAUGAAUGCAGAGGAAGCCGUUCUCGGCAAGGAGCUGCAAUCUUUUAAGGAUAUGACAUUGUCACUGCCGCCGCCGCACAGAGGCCAUAUGCUGGACAAGAAUGACUUCAUACGCAGUAUCCACAACUCGGUGGCUCGUCGUAUGGACCUCGUCUCCGAAGAUCUGAUCCUGGACAACAAGAUGGAAGCAGCAGAGAAGAAGCGGUGCGUGCAGAGCAGGAAGAAGCCCACGCGGCCUGGCAGAAUUCAAAAGCGUGCAAAUACGGAGCAGGCGUUUCACUACAUCGCAUACGUUCCUGUCGAUGGACAGGUUUGGGAGCUCGAUGGCUUCGAGGUCCAGCCACGCUGCCUUGGAUCAUUCUCUUCGAAAGAUGAAUGGCUUGGAGUAGCGAGCAAUUCCAUCCAGCAGCGUAUGAUGGCAGACGAAUACCUACAAUGCAGCCUCCUUGCAGUGUGCCAGUCUCCGGUCAGGAGGAUCGUCGAGCAACUCGACGCUUGCACAGAGAAGCUACGUGGGGUGGGCCAUUCGAUGUCCACCGUGCCCGCCAACUUGACCGGCGAUGCCACCGAUCUCGCCGCCACAACUCCGAUCACCACAAGCCCAGGUCGACCCCCGGCAAGAGUGAUCCAGCAGUCACCCACCCUGGCCGACCCUGAGCACCUCAAGAGUCAGCAAACCAUGCUCAUGGCAGAGUACACGGCCGAGCUAGCCGCCCGUGAAGAAGGGACUGAGCUGCUGCGCGCGCGCCAGCAGGACUACACGCCCGCAGUGCACCGGUGGGUGCGGCUUCUUGCAGAGAAAGGAGCGCUGAGAGAGCUCAUCACCGAGGCAGCGGGAGGGGACUGAUUCGCCACGAACAUCGAAAAGGAGACAAAAGGUAAAGCGCGCAUGUAUGCACAACAGACUGCGGCCGUCGGCGGUAUUGUUAUCAUGGGCUGGUCAAAGCUGUAUGAGACCGGAGACUUCACAGGGCUCGUCAAGUCAUCAGCCGAUCCAUUUCUACCACUAUCCGAGAUAGGCAGAGUCAUGUGGGAUGGGGGACGCGCUGUAACCUAGCUCAUGUAAAUGGCUUACCUCGCCCACAUCCCGUGAUGAUCAGCCGGUUAGCCACGCAGAUACACAAAUGUUCACGAAGCACAUGGCUGA